ACCUUCCCACAAGAAGGUGACACAUGACAGACUAGACCAGGAUAUGAUGCACAGGCCUGAGGCAAAUCAAAGCGUAAAGCUUAAGCUGGUGUUUAUGGCAUUAGCCUGUGAUGAUUGGCUCAAGGGCAUCGUAGAGAGGGACAGGUACAUGUACUAAUUCGAGAGAGUUCAUUUGCAGUAUUAGGAUUCAAGGCUUUGGUAGUCUUAUUUUUGUUAGAUUGGAAGGAUGGUUGCAUUUGAGUGAGAAUCCACCUGGAAUAGCAAUUUGAAAGGAAUAGUAUCGGCUUUGUUCUCAGGUGUAUCCUUUGUUCUUCAACAUGGGAAAAGCCAGACGGGGUGAUAUUCCUAGGGUGGAUGAGGAAAACUUAGCUGGUUUACUUCACAAUAGAAUGGAAGCAACCUUGUUGUCGGAUCAGUUGACCAAACAACUGACUGAUCUUGUUGAUAACUUUACCCUCCUUGAUAUACUGAGUAAGGAAGAACAAGAAGACGUUCUCAACCAAAAGAUUGAUGACAUCAAGAAGAAAAAUGAAGAGAGAGCUCGACGUCACCAGGAAAUAGAGGCAGACAAGAAACUAGCCAGUAGUACUGGAUCUACUGUCACUAGUCCACCUUUGAGUACCUGUUCCUCAACAUCUUCAACAUCAUCAUUAUCUCAUCAAUCGCCAACCCAGACCAACACCAAUAGAAGUGCUAACUCAUCUCCAUCACCAGCUUCUCAACAAAGAUUGCAGGGGAGAUCUCUCUCACAUCAGAAUUCAUCAGGUCCUAAGCAGCAGGGUCAAAGGAGUGAUACUGCUUCACCUUUGACUUUUACCAACCAGUCAACAUCACCUCCUGACAUAGCAGCAAGGCAGCAGCAGCUUCUUGAACAAAGGAGCAACUCAUCUUCACCAUUCUCAGAAGCAGGCAGCAUAGGAGAAAAGAUGGCUGAACCCAAACGCACUGUAUCCAAUCCAUCUGCAUCAGGUAGGGAUCAGCCUAACUAUGAAUUCAUCAACAUUGAGCUUCAGAAUACUGGGCGUGGUCUAGGUUUUGGUCUGGUAGGAUCACAUGGUAUUGGAGUGGUUGUAAAGACCAUUGUACCUGGAGGAGCAGCAGAACAGGACGGUCGACUUGACAGUGGUGAUAUUGUAUCUCAGAUCAAUGAUAUCAAUUUAGAAGGAAAGACACGGGAUGAGGUCUAUAACAUUCUCAAAACCACCACAGGGAUGGUACGCCUUAAAGUCAAAAGAAAUUUAGCAAAGUCCGGCAAAGUUCAGAUGAAGAGAGAUGCCCAACAAGCAAGAAAAGAUAAAAGACCAACUUUGAUAGUUACGUUUCCCAAUGAUUGCUCUUUGGGUGUGGAGAGCCCUCGUCACAAGGGAUCAGGAGGACCAAUGGGAGAGCAAGGACAAGGUGGGCGUGGCAGAGGAAGAGGUCGAGGUAGAGGAAGAGGAAGAGGUGGAGGCAAUGAUGGAAGGAGUGUCAGAACAGCAUGGGACGAUAAAUCACAGGACUACUCAUCAAAAAGAAAAGAAAACUAUGACAGAGUUGAGGCUGAGAUACAGGCCAUGAGGGAGGAAUAUGAAAGAGAGAAAGCAGCAGGGAAUGAAGAUGCUAGUCAGCUCCAACACCCACGGUCAUCACAAGGCUUUCUAGAUGAUCCUCAACGCUUUGGACCUGUACCACACCAUGACCAACAUGAUAAUAACAAAAGGAAUCCAAGGAACUGGGGAGGACCUACUAUGGAUGAUGUCAGAUCUAAUAUGACAAGAAGUAGAGGCAGGCCUCCUAGGAGACAGCAGUAUGGUCCGCCCAGAAGCAAGAUGGAAAUGUCAAUGGCUAUGACCGGCAAGGAAAGGAGGGAUUAUGAAGUAUGGAGGAAAGAGAGAGAUGAAGUAGAACAGCAAAGGAUGUCAAGACAGAAAGAAUCAUCUGGUGAAUGGAGGAGAGAGUGGGAUAGAGAGAAGAUACCUGGGGAUUCAUGGGAUGAUCAUAGAGGAGGUCAUCGACAAGGAAGAGGUUAUUAUAGAGGUGGCCCGCCGAGAGGAUAUAGGGGUCGUGGCAGGGGUCAUGGCAGGGGCAGAGGUCGUGACUUCAAUAACCCCAAUGACAAAAGAUUACAGGAUUCGCAACCACAGGGAUCACAGUCAUCACAGACAUCACAGGCUCAAUGUAAAGAAGAGAAGAGGGUAGAUCCGCUGUCUGGGCCAAUAGGACAGUGGCAAGCCCCAGCUGUGGUGGAUAACUGGGAAAUGGAAAUUUCUCCCAAAAGUAAAACAGAGAGCUGGCUGGCAUCAACAGAUUCGGACAAGCCAAGUGAGGCCUUAGGUGUAGCCAUAGGACAGUGGGAGCCUCCUACUCCUACAAGCUCUGAUCAGGAUGAGCUCCCUGUAGAAAAUAAAGAUAUUCAGCCAGUUUUGACAGAGACCAGGCCACGGAAGAUGGCUGAUGGAGGUGUAGACCAGUGGCCUGCUUCAACAGGUCAGGUGUGGAAUGGCACAAGUUCUAAUACUGAUAAACCAUCUUCUAGGAAAGAGAAUGAACUGAGGUUGAGCCAUCUACCAGAGCCCUCUGGGUUCUCAAGCCCAACUUCACCAGGUAGUCUGUCAACGACAAGUCUUCCUACACCAACGCACAUAGACUGGGCAACAUGUGGAGCAGAUAGCGGUGAAGCUGAUUAUGGCAUGUGGAAGCCUCCUGAAGAAGAGUCAGCCUUUUCAUAUAAUUAUCACCCAUCAGAAGCAGAUUCAUGUCAGCAAAGCAAACCUUGUAAAGCUGACUCUUCCAUUCCACCAACAGCAGGAUCAGGCUCUGAGGCAGACGGACAAACAAAGCAAUCAGACAAUGGACCCCAAUUUGACUGUGAACCCUCGAAUACAAGUGAAAGUGAGCUCAUAGCUAAAAGCAGUUUAAAUGAUCUUUCUAACAUUCAGGUGAGCAACCCUGUGGCACCUUCACAGGAUGCGACUCAAGAUGAGUGUGAGGAUACAGAGGCUGAUCAGGCAGCAGAAAGUGGGUCUGGAGACGUGGAAGGUACAUCAGAAAGAACUCUUGCUCUAUCUGAGACUGAGACUCCGACCAAGGAUGCUCCAGAAAGUGAAUCAGCAGAAGGUGAUGAAUCUGAUCAAUGGACAGCCGAGAGUGCUGUAGCGGAUUCCCAUGAUGCACCUGAAGCUGAAACUGCAGAGGGUAACAAGUCUUCACCUACAACUGACUCUGGCACAAAGGAGGAAUAAGCAAUGACUCACUGAUGAGUCUGUAGUGUGCAUGUGAAAUUGUGAAUGAAAAGGAAAUUGUGUACUCCACAUGUUUUUGGUCUUCCAGAAAGAAUGAAAUGGAAACUUUGAUGUGUUAAAGCAUGACUUUUUUACCGGGAUGUUGCAUAUGAUUGAAACAUAGGCACCUGCAUGGUUUGCAUGAAUGCUUUUAAAACAAAACUAACAUAACUCCCUUAGCAAGUAAGCUACAUGUAAAAACUUUUUAGCCUGGAAAGCAAUGUGUGUAAAUAGAUGUGUGUCCUGGCAUAGCAUCAAGAUAAAGCAUUGUAGCAAUGAAGAUAUAGAAUGCAGGGAGUUAUGUUGCCAUAGCAGCUAGAACAAAAUGAGUAUCUGGAGUGCUGAAGGGAUUUAUCAUCUUAUUGUGACAAAGAUUGUCCACCAUUUCAAUGGAGAGCUAACAAACUUUGAGUACAUAUAUGCAUUUUUUUGAAUUUAUGUUGGUAUAAUUUCAUGCUACUUCGUUCCUGAAUGAAGUUUGGCAGAGACCUCGUAAUCACUUUUCCUGUUGGUCUAUUAGUCCAUUCGAAAAACUUUUAAGUUUUUGUUCAAAUAGCUCUCUUUUCUUUAUUUUUGCAUCAAUUAUGUUCAUACUUGGUACAUAUCAUCCUUGUGACCCUAUGAGAAUGAUUGGUUCAAAGGUCAUCUGGGGGUCCAAAGAUCAAAUGAUAGGUCAUGUUCAUCCUUUUUUAUGCCCCUGCAGACGAAGUCUGGAGGGGGCAUUAAGCCCCUGUCCAUUCGUCCCCCCCACUUGGUUUCCGCGUAAUAACUUGAAAAAUAUUUGAUGGAUUUUAAAAUUGUUGGUGUGUAGGUAGAUGACACCAAAAUACAGGUUAAAUUCAAAUUCAAAGCCCGCAGGUCAAAGGCCACAGCUCAUUAGAUAUGCGAGUGUUGUAGCUCAAUAAAUAUGUGAGUUGGUUUCCACAUGAUAACUUAUGAAAUAUUCAACAGAUUAAAAAAAAAAAUUGGGUGUGUAGGUA